UAUAAAGAUUUUAAAUUAUUCUUCUGUGCAUCGUAGAACCUGGUGGUUAAAUUUCCUACCAAAUCUACAUUUAAAUCAAUUUUACGAGGAAUGGAUGAUUUCAGUUCUCUCGCUGUACAACUCCAAGCUGGGCUUUCAACAGCGGCUCGCGAUGGAGUUACUCUCCAUGAGAUUGAAAGUCGGAGUGGGGGCGGCUCCGUGGCAAUGGGGUGACCAGGAGGCAGAGCGGCCGCCUGGAGCGUGGGAGACGGAUGAGAAGGGGAAACCAUUGGCUCCCUACACGUGUCCCGACUGUGGCAAGUCGUAUAUGUGGAAACAAGGGUUGAACACACACAAGCGACUGCAUUGCGGCAAGGAACCUCGGUUUCAAUGUCCGUACUGCCCCAAGAGGUGCUACCAGCGAGGCAAUCUGGACAGUCACAUUCGCAACGUUCACGCCAACCUGCUACAACCUAGCAGUGAGAUCCUCUGCAAGGAAGAAGUGAAAAGUUCCAGUGAACUCAAAAACUAAAGACUUUCAGUAUUACUCUAUAUUAACUAUGUAUACGAUAACAAUAUACGUUUAUUUUUAGAAUUAAAAUGACAUUUUAUAUAGUUGUUUUAAGUGACUCUGGUCCAGUUUUUAUUGUUUGUGAUACUUUGAUGAAAAUGGACCCAACGAUAUUUAUUGUGCACUGCCUUAUUCAGAUUUAUUUUUUAAAUGAGAAUUAUAAAUCGAUAUGUAUAUACUUAAUUUGUCAUAGUCUCUAUCUAUAACUUUUAUAAAGUGUUAACAA